AUUGCUUUUAGCGAACGUUUAGUUGUGGAGAAUUCUUUUCGCCAACACGAGUGUUGUAACUCAUGGAAGGGAAGACAUAUAAUUAUAUUGAGGGUGGAUACAGGGGGUUGUAGUGCUCGAUUCCAUUCCUGUUCCUGUUGGCCGUAGUCCUGUUUUAUCUUUGUCCACGCUCUUCCACAGGUAAUUGGAGAAGGUUGGCUGUAAUUAAGUUAGGUUUUUGUGAAUUGGGGUUGAAUUGCGGGGAUGUGAGUAAUGUGGAGGUGAUGAUCCUUCCCAGUGAGAAGUAAGAAGAAGAGCUGGGGGCUAAUCAGUCUAAGAGGGGCGGAAGCAGCACAUCAGCACAAAGAGCAAAGUGGUGGGGUUGGUUGCUGCUCCGCCCGAAUGCGAAUCGCACCCGCUACCUGCAGGCUCUCCCCAGCAUGGAUUUUGUGAGUAGACACGCAGGGGCAGGGGCAGGGACAAGCGAGGGCGGAGGCGGGCCCUCCGGUUCCUCAUCUGCUGCAGUCGCAGAGGAGGUGGAUUACAUAGCGCGUUAUUUGGUAACAAAGCAUUCUUGGCGAGGGAGGUACAAGAGGAUCCUGUGCAUAGCGCAGGGGGAAAUAAGCACGGUGGAUCCGGGCACCUUGGCUCUCACCAAUUCAUACAAUUUUCAAAAUGAUUUCGAGGCAGCUUCGCCGCUCUUUGGGCGAGAUGAUAAUGCAUACGAGUUCACCCUCAGUGUCCGCUCUGAUGGGCGUGGCAAAUUUAAGCCGAUCAAAUUUUCGUCCAGAUACCGGGCAGGCAUUUUGACCGAGUUGCAUAGAUUAAGGUGGGGCAAAACUGGUAAUGUACCGAGCUCUGUUGUUGUAGCAGAAUUUUUGGUGCGUCAUUUGCGUCGAAGGACUUCUGAAUGGGUACCAUUUACAUUGAGAAUAACAAUUGUAGGAGUUGAAAUUUUGGAAACAAAUAGUGGCGACAUGCGUUGGUGUCUAGACUUCAGAGACAUAGAUUCUCCUGCUAUCAUCAUUUUAUCUGAUGCAUAUGGAAAGAAAGGUGCAGAGGGUGGAGGGUUCGUCCUAUGUCCCAUGUUUGGAAGAAAGAGUAAAGCUUUUAUGGCAUCGUCGGGUAGCACAAACACAACUAUCAUAUCAAAAAUGACAAAAACUGCGAAGUCAAUGGUAGGGAUCACGUUGACUGUAGAUAACUCACAAUCAAUGAGUGCUGCAGAAUUUCUGAAGCAACGGGCCAAAGUUGCUGUGGGUGCUGAGGAAACACCCUGUGGCGAAUGGUCUGUAACAAGGCUGCGCACUGCUGCUCAUGGAACUGCUAAUACUUUGGGCUUAACAUUGGGUGUUGGGCCCAAAGGUGGGUUGGGUGAUCAGGGUGAUGCUGUCUCCAGGCAACUUAUCCUAACUAAAAUAUCACUAGUUGAACGCCGUCCUAACAAUUAUGAGGCAGUUAUUGUACGACCAUUGUUUGCUGUUAGUGCUCUUGUUCGUUUUGCUGAAGAGCCACAGAUGUUUGCCAUUGAAUUCAAUGAUGGAUGUCCGAUUCAUGUUUAUGCAAGUACUUCUCGUGACAGCUUACUUGCAGCAGUUCGAGAUGUUUUGCAAACAGAAAGACAAUGCCCAAUUCCAAUUUUGCCAAGGUUGACUAUGCCAGGUCACCGACUUGAUCCUCCAUGUGGAAGAGUUUCUCCACAAUCUCAACAAGUUGCCAGUGGUUCACGUUUUCUUGCAGAUAUUGAAAGUGAGGCAAUGCAUCUAAAGCAUCUAGCGGCUGCAGCCAAAGAUGCUGUAGCAGAAGGUGGAUCUGUUCCUGGCUCAAGAGCAAAACUUUGGCGCAGGGUCAGAGAGUUCAAUGCUUGCAUUCCAUAUAGUGGGGUUCAACCUAAUGCGGAAGUCCCUGAAGUGGCCUUAAUGGCCUUGAUGACAAUGCUUCCAACUUCACCCAACCUACCACCUGAAUCACCACCACCACCACCUCCUUCUCCGAAGGCAUCUGCAACUCUUAUGGGUUUUGUUUCAUGCCUACGUCGUUUGCUGACAUCUGGAAGUGCAGCUUCAGCUGUUCUUUCAAUUCCUGCUGCUGUUGUCAGAGUAAUGGGUUUGCUAAGAAGUGGUUCAGAGGGGGUAGCAGGAGAAGCUGCUGGAUUAGUGGCUAUGCUUAUUGGAGGUGGUGCAGGAGAAACAAGUAUACUUCUAGAUUCGAAAGGUGAGCGCCAUGCCACCUUCAUGCACACAAAAUCAGUGCUCUUUGGUCAUCAAAGCUAUAUUACUAUUCUUGUGAAUAGGUUAAAGCCAGUGUCAGUUUCGCCUUUGCUUUCAAUGUCUGUGGUAGAGGUUCUUGAGGCCAUGUUAUGUGAACCCCAGGGUGAGACUACACAGCUUGCGACUUUUGUGGAAAUGCUACGUCAAGUGGCUGGCUUAAGACGUCGAUUGUUUGCAUUGUUUGGGCACCCUGCAGAAAGUGUGAGAGAAACUGUAGCUGUGAUAAUGCGUACUAUUGCAGAGGAGGAUGCUAUUGCAGCUGAAUCAAUGCGUGAUGCUGCACUUCGUGAUGGUGCCUUGUUGCGACAUCUGGUACAUGCUUUUUUUCUUUCUGCUGGUGAGCGCCGUGAAGUUAGUCGACAGCUUGUGGCUUUGUGGGCAGAUUCUUAUCAACCUGCUCUUGAUCUACUGUCACGUGUACUUCCUCCUGGCCUUGUUGCAUAUCUGCAUACACGCCCAGCUGAGGACGAUAAUGAGGAUGGGCAAGUCCAACUUUAUCAAACAACAUACUCUAAGCGUAGGCAGAGGCGCAUUCUUCAGCGCAGAAAAGGCAGAAUGGCUAGGGGGAAAGUUGCUGAUGACUAUGUUCCGGGGUAUGCUUAUAGAGUAGAAGACGUUUCUUCUGUUGAUCCCUCUAAACUCAUUCAUAGUGCUCCAUCACGGACAGCUGAUGACAAUCUGAACUCAAAUGGAAAUUCACAUGGAGAACAGGUUCCUUACUCAGCUGUUAACUGUAGUAAUCCUUCAGUCAAUGAAGCAUUUUCUCCAGGGAAUCUAGUUUAUGAUGGUGCCUCACCUGUAUUGCCUUUUAGAGGGUCUAAUUUACCAUCGUCUCAGUUAGGGAAUUCAAGUAUUGCAGAUUCAGUUGAAUAUGAUGUCGGUACAGAUAUUUCACAGUCUGGCAUUCCUGCACCUGCACAGGUCGUCAUGGAGAAUAAACCUGUGGGCUCUGGCAGACUGCUUUGUAACUGGCCUGAAUUUUGGCGAGAAUUCAGCCUUGAUCAUAACCGUGCAGAUCUAAUUUGGAAUGAGCGGACAAGGCAGGAACUAAGGGAGGCUCUUCUGGCUGAAGUUCAUAAUUUAGAUGUUGAGAAGGGACGAACUGAGGAUGUCAUUAGUUUUGGAGGCAGCAUAGAUGAGGAGAAGAUGGGUCUGGAGUCUGCUGUCCAGUUGUCUUGGAAUUAUACAGAGUUUUCAGUUCAGUAUCCCAGUUUGUCAAAAGAAGUUUGUGUGGGACAGUAUUAUCUACGCCUUUUGCUUGAUGGUGGAGCUGGAAGCAGAGCUCAAGACUUUCCUUUAAGAGAUCCUGUUGCAUUUUUCAGAGCAUUAUAUCACAGAUUUCUAUGUGAUGCCGAUGUUGGCCUAACUGUAGAGGGUGCAUUGCCGGAUGAAUUAGGUGCAUCAGAUGAAUGGUGUGAUGUGGGAAGGUUGGAUGGUUUUGGUGGGGGUGGAGGUUCUUCAGUAAGGGAACUCUGCGCACGAGCAAUGACUAUUGUUUAUGAACAACACUAUCAAGCAAUAGGUCCUUUUGAUGGUACUGCUCAUGUUACUGUUUUACUUGAUAGGACAAGUGAUCGAGCGCUUAGACAUCGUCUGUUGUUACUUUUAAAGGUACUGAUGAAAGUGCCAGCAAAUGUUGAGGCAUGCGUCUCAGUUGGAGGUUGUGUAUUAGUAGUAGAUCUUCUCUCAACAGCUCAUGAAGCAUCUGAGAGAACAUCAAUUCCGUUGCAGUCCAAUCUAAUUGCUGCCACUGCUUUUAUGGAACCACCCAAAGAAUGGCUAUUUAUUAACAAGGAUGGGGUGCAGGUUGGACCUGUUGAGAAAGAUGGGAUACGGAGAGCUUGGUCUAAGCAAGAGAUUGAUUGGAACUCAAAGUGUUGGGCUUCUGGAAUGACUGAAUGGAAAAGAUUGCGUGACAUUCGUGAGUUGCGUUGGGCCAUGGCGUCUCGUAUUGCCAUUCUUACUCCUGUGCAGGCCGGGGAGGCUGCAUUGUCCAUAUUACACAGCAUGGUUUCUGUCCACUCUGAUUUGGAUGAUGCUGGAGAGAUAGUAACACCUACCCCUCGAGGAAAGAGAAUUUUGUCGAGUCCACGCUGCCUUCCGCAUAUAGCACAGGCUUUGUUAACAGGGGAGCCCAGCAUUGUAGAAGGUGCGGCUUCCUUGCUAAAGGCAAUUGUGACUCGUAAUCCAAAGGCAAUGGUUCGACUCUAUAACACAGGUGUUUUCUACUAUGCAUUAGCAUAUGCUGGAUCAAACCUGCAUUCUAUUGCAAAUUUAUUUGCUUUGACACAUGGCCAUCAAGCUUUUCAUGGUGGAGAGGAGGCUGCAGUGUCAUCUUCACUGCCAUUGGCAAAGCGCAGUGUGCUGGGAGGUCUCUUACCUGAGUCCUUGUUGUAUGUUCUUGAACGAAGUGGCCCACAUGCAUUUGCAGCGGCUAUGAUUUCCGAUUCAGACACCCCAGAGAUAAUUUGGACUCACAAGAUGCGGGCAGAACGUUUAAUUGAUCAGGUUCUGAAGCAUCUUGGUGAUUUCCCACACAAGCUACCUCAGCAUUGUCAUUCUUUGUAUGAAUAUGCUCCUAUGCCUCCUGUGACAUAUCCAGAACUUAAGGAUGAGAUGUGGUGCCAUCGAUACUAUCUCCGUAACCUUUGUGAUGAGAUACAGUUUCCUGGUUGGCCUAUUGUUGAACAUGUGGAGUUUUUACAGUCAUUGUUGGUUAUGUGGCGUGAGGAGCUAACUAGACGACCUCUGGAUCUUUCUGAAGAUGAAGCUUGCAAAAUAUUAGAAAUUCCAUUAGAGGAGGAAAAUGGCACGGGAGUUGAUGCUGAUGGGAAACACCAUAAUGAUCAGGAGGAAGAUGGCAGUUGUGCCCACAAGCUCAUGGGACACAUUGAUGAGGAAAAACUCAAACGGCAGUACAGAAAAUUAGCCAUGAAGUAUCAUCCUGAUAAAAAUCCAGAAGGAAGAGAGAAGUUUGUUGCUGUUCAGAAAGCUUAUGAACGACUACAGGCUACAUUGCAAGGUUUGCAAGGGCCACAACCUUGGAGGUUACUGCUUCUAUUGAAAGGGCAGUGUAUACUGUAUAGAAGAUAUGGUGAUGUGUUGGAACCUUUCAAGUAUGCUGGAUAUCCUAUGCUUCUCAAUGCAAUAACAGUUGAUAAGGAUGAUAACAAUUUUCUGUCAUCUGAGCGUGCUCCUCUUCUUGUAGCUGCUUCAGAGCUUAUAUGGUUAACGUGUGCGUCUUCCGCUUUAAAUGGCGAGGAGCUUGUGAGGGAUGGUGGUGUGCCCCUAUUGGCAACUCUUCUUAGUAGGUGUAUGUAUGUGGUGCAGCCGGGCACUUCACCAUCUGAAGCUGCUGUAAUGAUUGUAACAAAUGUAAUGCAGACAGCUGCAUGCCUUAGCCAGUUUGCAAGUGCACGAGUUGAGAUGCUUCAUUCUGCUGGAUUUGUUGAAGAUGUGGUACACUGUACUGAAUUAGAACUUGCAAGUGCUGCUGUUGAUUCUGCCCUUCAGACUAUUGCUCAUUUAUCUGCCUCAACAGAGAUGCAGGAUAAUUUGCUGAAGGCUGGUGUUUUGUGGUAUCUUCUACCAUUACUUUUACAGUAUGACUCAACUGCCGAAGAAAGUAGAGAUGGAGAAGCACAUGGUGUUGGAAGUAGCGUGCAGAUUGCGAAGAACACACAUGCUAAACUAGCAGCCCAAGCACUUGCAAGACUUGCUGGAUUCUGUGGGGACGAACCUAUAACACCGUACAACCCUAUUUCUGCCAAUUCAUUGAAAGCUUUAAUGACACCAAAACUUGCAGAUAUGCUCAAUGAGAACUUAGCCAAAGAACUCCUCUCUAAUCUCAAUUCAAACUUGGAGUCACCAGAGAUUAUUUGGAACUCAGCUACACGGGCAGAGCUAUUAAAGUUUAUAGAUCAACAGAAGGCAUGCCAGUGCCCUGAUGGUUCUUAUGAUAUGCAAGAAGCACAACUUUUCAAAUAUCAGGCACUCUCAAAAGAGAUACAAGUUGGCAAUGUCUAUUUGAGAGUAUACAAUGAGCAACCAAAUUUUCAGAUUAGCCAACCAGAAUCAUUUUGUGUUGCUCUUCUCCAGUUUCUUUGGAAGCUCGUGGAUGAAAGGAAGAACAUUCGGGACUCUAACAUGAAUGAAGAGUUAAUGAACAACAAUGAGCCUCCAAUGGAUAGCUCUAAACCAGUUGAGAUUGUUGAAGACAUAAACCAAGAAGAGUGUACGGGACAAGAAGAAUCUACGACAAAAUUGGUUGGCGACCAUGUAUCUGAAGGCUGGAGUUUGGUUAAAGAUCUGACAAUUGGGCUGACAUCACUCCAGAAUUUACUUACUUCUAAUCCAGGGCUGGCAGCUCUGUUUACUGCAAAAGAACAGCUUAUACCUCUGUUUGAAUGUUUUGUUGAUACAAAUGCUUCAAGUGGAGAAGUUCCUCAACUCUCCCUCAAUGUUUUAUCUCGUUUGACAACAUAUGCACCGUGCAUGGAGGCCAUGGUUGCAGACCGAGAAAGUCUACUUCUCUUGUUACAACUAUUACACUGUGCUCCAUCCUGUAGGCCCGGUGCUCUUCAUGUUCUUUAUGCUCUGGCUAGCACCUCAGAGCUUGCAUGGGCUUCAGCUAAACAUGGAGGUGUAAUGUAUAUUCUACAGCUUCUUUUGCCUGUUCAAGAAGAGAUUCCUUUACAACAACGAGCAGCUGCUGCAUCUUUGUUGGGAAAGCUUGUUGGCCAACCAAUGCAUGGCCCACGAGUGGCUAUAACAUUGGCCAGGUUUUUUCCUGAUGGUUUAGUUUCAGCAAUAAGAGAUGGACCUGGUGAAGCUGUAGUUAUGGCUCUUGAGCAGACUUCAGAGACACCAGAACUGGUAUGGACACCAGCUAUGGCUGCCUCACUUGGAGCACAAAUUGCCACAAUGGCAUCAGAUCUAUAUCGUGAACAGAUAAAAGGCCGUGUGGUAGAUUGGGAUCUUCCAGAGCAUGCAUCUGGACAUCAGGAAAUGAGAGAUGAGCCACAGGUUGGUGGUGUUUAUGUCCGCCUGUUCUUGAAAGAUCCAAAGUUUCCAUUGAGAAAUCCUAAAAGAUUCUUGGAAGGGCUAUUAGAUCAAUAUGUCUCUGCAGUUGCUGCAACUCACUAUGCAAAAGAGAUGCAGCCUGCUGAUCCAGAGCUUCCUUUGCUGCUAUCUGCAGCUCUUGUAUCAUUGUUAAGAGUUCACCCUACUCUGUCAGAUCAUGUUGGACUACUUGGGUAUGUUCCAAAGCUGGUUACAGCCAUGGCAUAUGAAGGAAGGAGAGAAACAAUGGCAUCAGAUGACGUAGGAAAUGUAAAUCAAUCUCAAUCUGGUGAGUUCUGGGAACCUGAGGAGGGAAAAAGGACCUUAAGCGUACAAACAUUGCAGGAGCGGGUUCGUCUUAGUUGCCUACGAGUACUCCAUCAGCUUGCUGCAAGCACCACCUGUGCUGAAGCUAUGGCGACUACAAGCACGGGCACUCCUCAGGUUGUUCCACUUCUAAUGAAAGCAAUAGGAUGGCAAGGAGGGAGUAUAUUGGCACUUGAAACUCUGAAACGUGUAGUUGUAGCUGGAAAUCGAGCUCGAGAUGCACUUGUUGCUCAAGGACUAAAGGUCGGCUUGGUUGAUGUUCUAUUGGGUUUGCUUGACUGGCGAGCUGGAGGCACUAAUGGACUUUGUGCUCAGAUGAAAUGGAACGAAUCUGAAGCUUCUGUGGGGAGGGUGUUGGCAGUUGAGGUAUUACAUGCAUUUGCAACUGAGGGGGCUCAUUGUGCAAAAGUACGCAAUAUACUUAAUGCGUCAGAUGUAUGGAGUGCUUACAAAGAUCAAAAGCAUGAUCUCUUCCUGCCUUCAAAUGCUCAGUCAGCUGCAGCUGGUGUAGCAGGUCUUAUUGAAAGCUCUUCAGGAAGAUUAACAUAUGCACUCACAGGUCCAACACCGCAGCCUGCUCUUGUCAGACUACCUGCUUCGAGAAAUUCUCGGGAAUACAUCAUAAAAGAAGAUUCAGUGGAACCAAAUUUCCAUGGUCGGGAUUCAUGAUUCUUAAUCAAUUUCGUACUUUCUUUCAGUUGUACAGUUGAAGUUUUAAUUAAGCAUCGGUUUUUGAGAAAAGGCGUCAGGAUGAAGCCUCAUCCUUGUAACAAAUGUGAGCAUUUUGUCAUCAACUAUUGCCCUAUGGUGCGGAAGCAUGGAAUCACCUUGUCAAGGCCUACCAGGUGCUUUGUAAUGUGUUAAAUGUCAUUUCACAGGAUGUGGCUUGUUUGGCUUUAGAAAAAAAGAAAAAGAAAAGGCCACCUCAUAUUGAUUUUGUAGUGUUUUUGUGUAGUCCCUUCUCACUCAAUUUAGUGCCUAUUGUUUUAAUUGAUUCUUUUAGUGCCGAUUGUAUUUGUAUAA